GAACACAAGCAGGAACAUUUUACAGUCGCGCCGUUUCGUUUAUUGAAGUCGUGACUGAUUUGCCAGCUUGAGACUUGAAUUCUGUUUUAUAGUAGGCAACUGGCGGCAUUUUCUUUACUGUUUUAGCAGAGCAAAUUUUCUUCUUCAGUUUAUUUUUUGUUUUUGGUUUGGUCUUUUAUUUAGCGGAUAGUAAUGAGUGUACCUGCCCGGUGGGUUUGCGGAGAAUUCUGAACGUCCAUCAGUAAAGGGAUCUGGACAUACGAAACAAAACAGACAUGGGAUCAAUCAAAUUUGUACUGUCUUUCUGCUGUUGGUUGGGUUCCCCUAUAAUACUUCCCAUUUACCUGGCAUUGUCAACAGUCAAAGCGGCUGCAAUGGUUGCCCUGGAGACAGACUGCCCUCUGGGGCACUUCCCCUGUGGCAAUCUGAGCACGUGCGUGGCACAAGAGCAUCACUGCAAUGGCCAUCCUGACUGUCAGAACGGGGCUGAUGAGGAGAACUGUGGAGACAACAGCGGGUGGGCAGACUUUUUUGACCAGACCGUUAAGAGGCUGGACCUGCAGCGCGCUCCCCAUCCAUGCUUUCUGCAGCACGUCCCGGAUGGUUGCGAGUGCGCCAAAACCGAACUCCAGUGCGUGCAAAUAAAUUUGACCGCAGUGCCUCAAGUGUCGAGGAACUUGACUUCUCUCUCCCUCAAGGGCAAUAAAAUUGGCAGGCUCCCUGAAGAUGCCUUCAUCAAGUACGCUGAGCUUCAGAGACUGUUUCUCCAGAAUAACUGCAUUCAGACCGUGUCCAGUCGUGCCUUCUCGGGACUGUACAAGCUGCAGAAACUGGUGCUCGGCCAGAACUGCAUCACGUUGUUAAGUCCGGACGUCUUCAGAGAUCUCCACAAAUUAGACUGGCUGAUUCUGGACGAUAACCCGCUGGCGAGCAUCUCUCAGGACACGUUCACUGGUCUCAGGAGCUUAUUCUUCCUGUCCAUGGUGAGCUGCUCCCUGCUGAACCUUCCCCGGGAGAAUCUCUGCGUCCGCAUGCCCUCGCUCAGCUGGGUGGACUUUGAUCAAAACGAGAUCGAGACCCUCGACGACUCCACGCUGAUGACGUGCGGUAACCUCACGGUGCUAUCACUGCGCGCCAAUCGAAUUACAUCGCUUCCAGAAAAUACAUUUCAGUCCCUAAGGAUUCUGGGAGAACUAGAUUUGUCAAGCAACAGUAUCAGAGAGCUGCCAAACAAAAUCUUCAAGGAUUUAAAGUCUCUGAAAGUGCUAAAUGUGUCCCACAACCCUUUGGGCCAUAUCCACCCAGGUCAGUUCUAUCACCUCGUCCAGCUUCAGUCCCUAGGCCUGGAGGGUGUCGAUAUCCCGGACAUUCAGACGCGAAUGUUCCUGCCCAUGAGAAACCUCUCCUUCAUAUAUUUCAAGAAGUUCCAGUACUGCUCCUAUGCCCCUCAUGUCCGCAAGUGCCGCCCCAACUCAGACGGGAUCUCGUCCUUCGAGGACCUGCUGGCCAACACGGUCCUGCGGGUGUCAGUGUGGGUGAUGGCCUUCAUCACCUGCUUCGGCAACCUCUUUGUCAUCGGCAUGCGCACGGUCAUACGCGCCGAGAACACCCUCCACGCCCUCUGCAUCAAGGUGCUGUGCUGUGCGGACGGCCUGAUGGGGGUGUACCUGUUCUUCGUGGGGGUGUCGGACGUGAAGUUCCGGGGCGAGUACAACCGAAACGCUCAGGCGUGGAUGGACAGCCCGGAGUGCCGCGCCUUGGGCUUCCUGGCCAUGCUGUCGUCGGAGGUGUCGGUGCUGCUGAUCACCUACCUGACGCUGGAGAGGUUCCUGGUGAUCGUGUUCCCCUUCAGCCACCUGCGGCCGGGCAAGCGGCGGACCGUGGCGGUGCUGGCGUCCGUCUGGCUGCUGGGCUUCUGCAUCGCCGCCGUGCCCCUCCUGGACGACGACCUCUUCGGCAACUACUACGGCCGCAACGGGGUCUGCUUCCCCCUGCACUCCGAGCUGGCGGAGAAGCCCACCGCCAGGGGCUACACCACGGGCGUUUUCCUGGGUCUGAACCUGGUGGCCUUCCUGGUCAUCGUGCUGUCCUACUCCAGCAUGUUCUGCUCCAUCUACAAGACGGGCGUCAACGCCACCGCGCUGCGCAGCCGGCUGCACAAGGACGUGGCCGUGGCCAACCGCUUCUUCUUCAUCGUGUUCUCCGACGCCCUCUGCUGGCUGCCCAUCUUCCUGGUCAAGGUCCUGUCCCUGCUGGAGGUGGAGAUCCCAGGGACCAUAACGUCCUGGGUGGUGAUCUUCGUCCUGCCCAUUAACAGCGCCCUGAACCCCAUCCUCUACACUCUGACCACCAGUGUUUUCCGGGAGCAGGGCGAGCAGCUGCUCUGCCAGUGGCAGAGGCUCAUGACCACGAGGAGGGACAGAAAGAGCCUGUCCAGCUCGGCCAUUUACGGGGAGGCCGCGCGCCAGACCUUCUUCCACCAGGACUACAGGCCCACCGUACCCGCCCCAGAGGCAGCCACCAAGUGGACCUGAAGAGAGGGGGGGAAACCGCCCUUUAAUACCGGUUAAAAG